CGGAGUGUGUUUCCAGUCGAGCACAAAUGACUGUGACACACAAAACACGGAAAGUUUGGUCCGCAGCUGAAACGAUCUGCUUGCUGGCUAGAUGUCCGAGUUAAGUGAUGAGGCCAGUGAGUCCGAGCAGCUGGGGUCCAGCCUCUCCCUGUGGCUGGGGGACUCCCUGCUGCGACCCGAGGAGCUGGAUGUCCCCCUGGACCUCCACACCGCCUGCUCCAUCGGACAAUACGACGUGGUGGCCGAGUGCAUCAAAAAGGGCGAGGUGAACCUGGAUGCCAAAAACAUAGGAGGAUGGAGCCCCCUCAUGUAUGCAGCUUACAUUGGACAUGAUAACAUUGCCAAUCUCCUGCUGGAGGCGGGUGUGGAUGUAAAUGCCACCACAUCUAAAGGGCUCACUCCACUGAUGCUGGCGGCGAGCUGUGGGAAUGAAAGCAUCGCAUACUUCCUGCUUCAGCAAGGUGCAGAUUUGGAGCUGAAGGACUAUCGAGGCUGGACGGCUCUGUUUCACUGCACGAGUACGGGCCACCAACAGAUGGUCAAGUUUCUGCUCGAUAACAACGCUGACGCCACAGUUAAGGAGCCAGGGUCUGGCUUCACUCCCCUGAUGGAGGCUGCAGCUUCCGGACAUGAAAUUAUUGUUCAGUACCUCCUGGAUCAUAAAGUUAAAGUCGACGAUCGUAACUCCAAAGGAGAGAGUGCUCGGGCCCUCGCCAUGAUUUAUGGCUACACUAAGAUCGUCAGCCUCAUCGACUCGCGUUCUCCAAGAAACAAACCAGGUCACUUUGAAGAUUUGAGCUCCUCGGAGGACUCGGACGGCGCGCCGCCGAGGGCUCGGCCCGGCCGGAGCCGGGCUAAAGGCGCCAGCAUCCACGACGGGCCUCAGGCCAUCGCCAAGUUCAGAGUGGGAGGAGCCGGCAAGCCGCACGGUGGGUCACGUGGACCUCCCGCCGUGCCGCCGGGCUACGUGACGUUCGGCGACGUCGGAGAACGGGGAGAAGGCAUCUGCUGCAGAGACGUGACCUCACCGAUCAAUGAGCUGGACGGUCAGAGCCACAGCAGCAGGGGAUCUGGCAGAAUUCUUGGAGCAAAUCGGCUUCUCCAAAUACCUCCAGCUACUAGAGGAACAAGACAUCGACCUGCGGAUAUUUCUCACCCUGACCGAGAACGAUCUGAAAGAAAUAGGAAUCACACUGUUUGGACCCAAACGCAAGAUGACUUCAGCGAUCGCUCGGUGGCACAGCAACGCUCGACCGCCCUGCGACGCUCUGGAACAGGCUUACGCGGACCAGCUGGAGGCUGAGAUGCAAGAGAUGGCGAUCCAACUCCACAAGCGCUGCGAGGAGAUGGAGAGCCUGCAGAGCCAGGUGUCUCAGGAGAAGGAGCUGCGGACGGUGAUGGAGGGAUGCCUGAUGGAGGACAAGAUGGCGUGGAAGAGGGUCCAYGCUGAGCUGGUGGAAGACCACCGGCUGGCUCAGGAUGCGAGCAGCAGCCUGACGAAGGCGAGGGCGUGUCAGGAAGAACUGUUCUCUCAUCUCACCACAGAGGGGGAAGUGAGUUCUGGUCCGGAAGAGAGAGAAAAACCUGAUCCUGGUGAUAAAACUGCAGAUGAGCUGAAACAUUCCUCUGUCGUAGAUCUGAUGAAGAAGCUGAAUUCUUACCAGGAGGAGAUGGAGACUCUGCAGACCAUCCUUCAGAGUCUGAGGCGCCUGAGUGCCCCUGAGAAAGUUUCAGACAGCUGGGAACGACCUUAGUGUCUCAGCGGAUUUUCCUCGUGUUUGACGGAGGGUGAUGUCACCACCCUGGACAAAUCUCAAUGAGUUGGGAGAAGGCCGAAGACGAGGCCAACCCUGCUGGAGCGAAGCGGCGCGGACCCGUUGCUCGCCCGUGAUUGGCAGAUGGACCGGAGCUCGUCCAAUGAGGGCAACGCAGCUGCUGCAGAGAGGGGUGGGGGGGCUCACGACCCCCGACCCCCUUGGGCUGGACUUCUGUGGUUGAGUUGUAUAACAGCACAGAAAAACAGGAGGGAGUGCAGAAGGAUCAGAGGGUGUUUAACUGUGUCCUCGUUUUUUAACGCACUCAUGUUGAGCUGAAGAUGGAGACAAAAUACGUUCUGCUUAGUAAAAUUUAUUAGUUUAAAAUCUGUGUAUCUAAAAAUAAAUGAUCAUAAAAACGAUUUUUUAAGAUGAGGAUUUUAGAGUUUCUUAAAGCACAGUCCUCUUAAUGCCCAGAAAUCCUCCUCAAUGAUUUAAUUUUUUAAGUGAAAAUGAAUUAAAACUCAAAAUUAA